CGGUUUCGGCUCGGUGAAGUGAACUCGUGUUUUUCUUUAACCUUUUUGAGUCUUUUCGCUUCUAAAAUGCCGUAUGCUAACCAGCCCACGGUGAAAAUCACAGAGCUCACAGACGAAAAUGUCAAAUUCGUCAUUGAAAACACGGACCUGGCGGUGGCAAACUCUAUCCGGCGAGUCUUCAUGUCAGAAGUUCCCACAAUAGCCAUCGACUGGAUCCAGAUUGAUGCCAAUUCCUCGGUGCUGCACGAUGAGUUCAUCGCACACAGAGUCGGCCUCAUACCGCUCACCAGCGACGACAUCGUGGACAAAAUGCAGUAUUCUCGGGACUGUACCUGCGAUGACUUCUGUCCGGAGUGCUCUGUGGAGCUCACGCUCGACGUUCGGUGCACCGAGGACCAGACGCGUCACGUCACUUCGCGCGAUCUGCUGUCCAGCAACCCGCGAGUCAUUCCGGUGACCUCCAGGAGCCGAGACAACGACCCCAACGACUACGUAGAGCAGGAUGACAUCCUGCUGGUGAAGCUCCGGAAAGGUCAGGAGCUCCGCCUCCGAGCGUAUGCCAAGAAAGGCUUCGGUAAGGAGCACGCCAAGUGGAACCCGACGGCGGGCGUGUCCUUCGAGUACGACCCCGACAACGCUCUACGGCACACCGUGUACCCGCGACCAGAGGAGUGGCCGAAGAGCGAAUACUCCGAAAUCGAAGAGGAUGAAGUCCAGGCUGCCUACGACCCCAACGGGAAGCCCGAAAGGUUUUACUACAACGUGGAGUCGUGCGGCUCGCUGCGACCGGAGACCAUCGUCAUGUCGGCGCUCGCCGUCCUGAAGAAGAAGCUGAGCGACCUGCAGACGCAGCUGAGCCACGAGAUCCAGAGCGACGUGCUCACCAUCAACUGAGCACCUCCGUCCCGUCUGGAGCGUCUCGCUCAGCCGAUGGGUUCAGCGUGUCUGGAACUGGAGCUGCGUGAUUAAAAUCAAUGAGUUAGAUAUCUUUGCGUCUGUAAUGUUUGAAACUUUUUUGUGUUCUGUUCCUUUUUAAAUAAAUCUGAUUUGUGAA